AUGUGCGUCUUUCAGGUGAUGCAUCUUGCGUGACGUAUAAUGGACGGGACGCUUCUUCAGGAACAAACAACACGGAUACUAUUUCAACCACCUCGGUAGCUUGCUAGCCAACAUAAGACUGAAACAUUCAGGUUUUAAAUAUGUUAAUGUCCAUUAGCUGAUCUCAGUGUUUAAAAACAUUUCUGUUGACGUAUUAACUGGUUAACUUGAACCUAAUUUGCUUGUUCAAUUUGCAAACUUGUUAAAUAUUGAUACUGAGCCUAGCACUAGGCUAGCCGCUAAUGCUAACUAGCUAGCAAACUAGCUAACAUCCCUGACCAUGAGUUCACUAAACUACUAUUCCCCUGCUAAAGAAGAUGGCUACUGGUUCAAUUUGCAAACUUGUUAAAUAUUGAUACUGAGCCUAACACUAGGUUAUUCGCUAAUGCUAGCUAGCUAGAUAACAUCCCUGACCAUGAGCUCAUUAAACUACUCAUCCCCUGCUAAAAUAGAGGAUGUCUGCCGUACGGAGAAAGAAGCUCUGGCGCUGAACAUUGUCGUGAAAGAAGAAGAGGAGGAUAUUACUGUGAAAGGAGAGAAAGAUGCUCUGGCGCUGGACAUUGUCGUGAAAGAAGAAGAGGAGGAUAUUACAGUGAAAGGAGAGAAAGAACCUUUCAAAAUUAAAAAGGAGGAAGAGGAGGCUGUUAUAGUGAAGGAAGAAGAGGCUGUUAUUGUGAAGGAAGAAGAGGAUGAUGUUAUAGGAAAAGAAGAGAAAGAACCGCUUAGAGAGGAAGAGGAUGCUUUCUCAACAAAGGUGAAGAAGGAAGACGUUUUGGGAGUGAAAGAGGAGACAGAAUAUCAGAUUAACACCAGAGACAGACAUGACUAUGGUGGAUCCUCUGGGGAGCCUCAACAACAUCCUGAUGCUGACGAGGAAGAGAAGAGACUCUCCAGAUCAGAACACCAGAUGGACAAUGCUAGCCCUUCCUCCCUCCCGGAGUCCCCGUGUCGUGCCUCUCCCGGUAGCACCUUACUGCUGGGUAUGAAGAGGUUGUCUGUGCUGCUGGUGGACUGCAGGAAAACAACAGGGCUGAGUGGAACUGUGAGAGGAGGAGAAGAGAAGAAAGGAUCAGAUUUGACUCAUCAAAGAGAAAAAAUUUAUUUGGAGGAACCAGAGACAUCCAAACCAGCAAGACGGCACCUCUGCUCCCAGAUUGGAAAGUGUCUUACCAAGCUAGGAAGCCUGAAAAGACAUGGGGGGACACACACUGGAGAGAAGCCACACCAUUGCGCCCAGUGUGGACAUAGUUUUAACCAGUUAAGAGGCCUGAAAGCUCAUGAGCGAAUACACACAGGGGAGAAGCCUUACAAAUGCUCAGACUGUGGGAAGACAUAUUACUCAUCAUGGUCACUUAAAGUUCAUGCGAGAACCCACACAGGGGAAAAGCCUUACCGCUGCUCCCAGUGUGCAAAGAGUUUUAGCCAGUUAGGAUACCUGAAAGCUCAUGAGCGAAUACACACAGGGGAGAAGCCUUACCACUGUUCCCAAUGUGGAAGUAGUUUUAGCCAGUUAGGAAACCUGAAAGUUCAUGAGCGAAUACACACAGGGGAGAAGUUUUACCACUGCUCCCAGUGUGGAAAGAGUUUUAGCCAGUCAGGAAGCCUGAAAACUCAUCAGCGAAUACACACAGGGGAGAAACCUUACCACUGCUCCCACUGUGCAAAGAGUUUUGUCUAUUUAGGACAUCUGAAAGAACACAUGAGACUGCACACAGGGGUGAAGCCUUACCAAUGCUCAGACUGUGGGAAGACAUAUUACUCAUCACAGUCACUUAAAGUUCACGUGAGAACCCACACAGGGGAAAAGCCUUACCACUGUUCCCAGUGUGCAAAGAGUUUUAGCCAGUUAGGACACCUGAAAGCCCAUGAGCGAAUACACACAGGGGAGAAGCCUGCUCCCGCUGUGCAAAGAAUUUUACCAAAUUAUGAAGCCUGAAAAAACACAUGAGACUGCGCACAGGGGAGAACCCUUACAAAUGGUCAGACUGUGUGAAGACAUAUUGCUCAUCACAGUCACUUAAUCAUCAUGUGAGAAUCCACACAGCAGAGAAUAAUUACUUCUAGUGUGUAAAUUGAUAUUCCACUUCACAUUGACCUAAUUACUUCUCCUAGUGUGUAAAUUGAUAUUUCACAUCACAUUGACUUAAAAUUCAUCAGAGAACAUACACAGUGCUCCCGUUGUCUUAUAUUGUUGACUGAGAAUGUGUUUACUUGUUUUUACCAGAUGAAACUGUAUGUAAAAAAUGUAAAUGAAAAUGUAUGUAAAAUGUACUUGUACAAAGAAUCCUAAUAAUACAGAGAUAAUACAGGGAUAUUUUUAAACUCUCUGUGUGUUUAUCUGGGUGUGUCAUUCCUCCGGCACUACAGAUAAUCAAGUGAUAUUUGGAUGUGAUGCAUUUGCUCCAUUGUUUACAUUUGCAUUGUUGGCCCACUGAUGAUUUAAUUAAAUUAAAAUGUUCACAGACUCUGUAAUGGAAAAUGUUAAUUGUAUGUGUGUCCGCAUAACUGAGUAUGUGACUAACCUUGUGAAACUAUCCUAUUAUAAUCUCCUGUUCUUGGGAGGAUCAUUCUGUGUUGCAAACCAGCUGCACCUGCAUCCUUGUAUGAAUAAAGUCCCUCCCAGGAACAAGAAACUAUAAAGAUAUGUGCUAAUCACUCAAUGCUUCAGGAAUUCAGACUGUCUACACUGCACUGUGUAACUCUGUUAUUCUCUCUGAGCUCAGAAAUAAAGAAUAUUGGUUUGACUUGGACUCCAGCAGACCCUUAGUUUAUAAUAUCCACCACAACUCGCCCAUGGAUUGCUGUUUAUUAUUGUCUCAAUGAAGAGUUCCUCUUUCGACUUUCCUGGUGGCAUUUACAAACCUCCCACUGGUUGAAUAAAAGUUUUUACCCGAA